UUCCGCAGCUACUACAGCAGCAAGUCGGUGUUUCUGUGCAUCGGGAUCACGGCCCUCGUCUGUCUCGGGGUCACCAUCUUCUGCUUCCAGACCAAGGUGGACUUCACCUCGUGCCGCGGACUGUUCUGCGCGCUCGGCAUCGGCCUCUUUGUGUCCGGCAUCGUGGUCACCAUCACCCUCUCCUUCAAAUACAUUCCUUGGCUCCACAUGCUCUACUCUGCCAUCGCUGCCAUUGUAUUCACCCUGUUCCUGGCGUACGACACUCAGCUGAUCCUGGGGAACAGGCGGCACUCGAUCAGCCCGGAGGAGUAUGUGUACGGGGCCCUCAGGCUCUACACCGACAUCACACAAAUCUUCAUCAAUCUUCUCCAGCUGUUUGGCUCCAGAUAAUGGUGGAUGAUGCACCUUGACCCCAUCGCCUUGUGUGGACCCUCCCCCUCC